GAUCGCAUCUGCAUCGGGAACGAGCGGGCAGCAUCACCGGCACCGAACACGUGCACAAGCUGCAUGUCUGUAAGAGAAAAAUGGCUUUUCACCUGACAAAACUGAUCCGCACCGCCGGUGGUUUCACUGGUAUAAAUUCUAAGAUUUUGACUACCAGGCAGCUGUUGGUACCUGUAGCUCGAACAUUUAGCUCUCCUGCAGAUGAUCUGAAAGUCAGCUAUUUGGAUGAUGGAGGGAUUGUUGUAUUUGGAAUGAACAGACCUGCUAACAAAAAUGCGAUUAGCAGAAAUCUUCUUAAUCUAUUUGAAGAAGCAGUUGCCAAAGUCAGGUUUGAUAAUAAUGUGAGAGCACUUAUCAUUAGGAGUGAAGCUCCAGGAAUAUUUUGUGCAGGAGCCGAUUUGAAGGAACGAAUAACGAUGCCUCAGGAAGAAGUUGGUCCGUUUGUAUCAAGGUUACGAAAGGCUAUCCUUUCCUUUUCGGAUCUUCCAAUGCCAACCAUAGUGGCCCUGGAUGGUGUUGCUGUGGGCGGUGGCCUAGAGAUGGCCCUGUCAUGUGACAUGAGGGUAGCUGCGUCAUCAGCCAAGAUGGGUCUAGUUGAAACUAAACUUGCCAUCAUCCCAGGUGGAGGUGGAACUCAGAGGCUUCCCAGGUUAGUUGGUCCAUCAAUUGCCAAGGAACUCAUGUUCACUGCAAGGACUCUAGAUGGAAGGGAGGCAGCACGUAUAGGACUGGUCAACCACUGUGUAGAGCAAGAUGAUAGUCAGGAAGCAGCUUUCAAACGAGCAUUGGAGCUUGCCAGAGAGAUCGCCACUCAGGGUCCAAUUGCUUUGAGGAUGGUCAAGAAAGCAGUGGACAAAGGUGUUGAGGUGGAUAUUGCAUCUGGACUUGCAUAUGAAGAAGCGUAUUAUGCUCAGGUGAUCCCGACCAAAGAUCGUAUGGAGGGCUUGAUAGCAUUCAAGGAGAAAAGGAAACCUAAUUUCAAAGGAGAAUGAUUUCAUGUGAAGUUGUUCCAUCAUCAUGGCGAUUGUGAAUCAAGGUUUUGUCUACUACAAGAAGAAUGAUCAGUGUUUUCAAUCAACAUCACAAUGCUUUGCGGACCAGUUCCAUUAGAUAUCAAAUGACUACAUAAUAAGGAACGUCCACAAAAACAUCUAUUUCUGUGUCAGCCAGUUAUUAGCUAACAGUUAUUUUCAUGAUUUUUUGUCUACAACACCAGUGUAUUCACAUGUUUUCUUAUAUUAAUGAUUUUGGUGGUAUUUGAUAGAACAAUGAAUAAGUGAAAAUAAUGGUAAUGCUAACCUUACAAAAUAUAGUAAUACAUAUUGAUAUAUAGGAGACACAAUUCCGUAGAACACUCAAACACUUUGGAGGAAUAAAGCUUUUAAGGGACUUCUGAGUGAAAGAAUCAUGGUAUAUUGCAAAAGAUUAAUUUGUAUCAUAAUCAAUGAGGCUUUUCUGGUUUGUCAUGAUUAGAAAAGAUAAAGGUACAGAUAAUAUCAGGUUAAUAUGAUUUUGAUUACCGGUAUACAUAAUCUUAUAUGUCUCAUCUUGCAUGUAAGGGGCGAUAUGAACAAAUGUGAUAACAAGUAUUACCAGUGUUCCUUAAAAUAUGUUAAAAAAGCAGGCAUGUUCAAUGUCAUUUGAUAAAUAAUCUUUUUUGUUUAAAUAUGGUUGAUCAUGUUUCUCCUUUGAUUAAUAUUGUAUUCUAAGUAUUCAUUCAAGUAUGUUGUAAUUUUGUUUCAGAAUCAGCUGCCAAAGCCCUUUCUUGAAUUUGAUUAUGUAAUUGUGGUAUGUGCUCAGUUUUGUUUUGAAGUGAACAAAUCUUAAAGCUCCAAUUACAUGAUUUUUCCUGUACCGAUUGCAGAAAUUUGCAUUUGAACACAGCUUUGAGGAAAAAUCAAAGUCAAUUUGAGUUUUAGCCAAUCAGAGGAACAAAAAAUAAUUUUCAUUUGAUUUUAUUGCCAUUUUCAAUGCUAUUCUUUGUGCAACUGUCUCCAGGUAUAUGUGUGAUAAGCAUGAAAUUAAUUGAAGGAUAUUUCUAUUAUUAUGUAAAUAUUAAAUGCAAUUAAAUCUGUA